GUCGGCAUUUCUGCAAGGUGUAAAUCUAUGCAAGUUUAUCCUAGUCUGUGAAAUUGAUUUACGUAGUUGUAUGUAAGCAGUGAGAUAUUGGCUUCAACUGUGUUCAGGGACAAGAUCUGGAUGAUCGUGUUACCGUGAUGGACAUAUACCUCGACCUUGACCCUGUGACUCUUAGAAAAAGACUCGAAAAUGAGUCACCGUCCUACCUGCAAUCACUGCUCACGUUUACCAAUGACAGGGAACUCCGAAAGGUCAAGGAUUUAUUGGCAGCAAACGAGUGGUUAUUUUUUCACGUCUGCAGGGAGGGUUUCACUGAGGUUUUGCAGCAAAUGUUGGAUUUAGAGAUGAUUGAUGUGAACUCUACAUUGGAAGGGAGGACUGGUUUACAAAUGGCUGUUGCUGCUGGUCAUACUAAAGUGGCCCAAUUAUUGUUACAAUAUGGCUGCAAGAUUCAUGAAAAUGUUUGGGCAGAGGAUUCAGAAUUUUACCUCGCAACCCAACAUGGGCAUUUGGAAAUUAUUAAUUUAUUAUUUGAUCAUUAUCAUGGCCUUGUCCGUGAGAAAUGUGUGCGCUACUGUCUACUAUAUGCUGCUUGCAGUGGGGGGCAUAUUGAGGCCCUGCAUAAAUGGUAUUGGCCUAAUGUUGACCUGAACAGAGAGAUAGAGCUGGUCUCUAGCUUGAGAGGUCAGGAACACAAGUAUCCACUUUUUGCUGCUUGUUUAGGCAAACAUUUAGUUGUAGCAUCACAUCUGAUAGAAUCAGGGGCAAGUAUAACGAAGGAAAUCUGUGAAAACUUCCCCGAGUUCACAACCACUCUCGUAAAAUCACGUUUCUACAGUGUGGCUCAAAAUGGGCAGGUUGAGUUCUUGAUGUCAGAGCAAAAGAUUCAAUGUAUCCUGGCCUGUUGGUUCCAUCUGACUCAUGACACAGUUGAGGGACAGGGUAGGAGGAUGUUGAUUAACUUGGCAAAAAAUAGACUUACAGAGCUACCUGAUGAUUUCUUGUGGUGCUUGGAUCACCUUACAGAUCUAAAUGUCUCAUUUAACCCUUUAAAUGCUGUCUGUGGAGCCUUGAACCCUGAUGUUAUUUGUAGAAAUCGCCUAACAACAUUAAAUUUUUCCCACUGUAAACUAAACACUGUGACCAAAGACUUGUUUUUCUUGCCAUGUUUAAGAGAGCUAGACCUAUCCCACAAUUCUCUUGUCACUCUCACAAAUGAAGAUACUGAAUGGAGAUGUCAAGAGUUGUUUCAUUUGAAUGUAUCUCACAACAGUAUUACUACCCUUCCCAUGGGGAUUAAAAUGUGUAAGUCCUUGAGAUCUCUUAAAGCGAGCCACAACCAGCUGACUGAAAGAUUUUCUCCCUGGCUAUGUCCAAUGAGUGACCUGGAUUUAUCCCACAACAAGUUCAGCACAUUUCUACCCAGUGCUGACCAGUUCUGGAACCAAAGUCUAAAGCACUUGAACCUCAGCCACAAUUUCAUGCAUGAUCUAGCAGAAAGCAUCCUAAGACUGAAUCAGCUGACCUAUCUCAAUGUGUCCCACAAUUUGAUCAGCACACUGCCUGCUCAGGAAGUCUGGCAGUGUGAGCUUGUAACUCUACACAUUGACCACAACCGUCUUGGACACAUUCCAGGGAAUGCUAUUUCUGUUCCAUGUGUAGAAUUUCCUGGGACUCUUCUAUCCAAAAGUUUAUUGGAAUUGAAUCUCUCACAUAAUGAACUUAAACAAGUACCAGAGGGAGUUUGUGAAAUGACACGUUUGUCUUCCCUUGAUUUGAGUUUCAACACAGAGUUGAAAUCCUUACCUGAAGAGCUUGGAUUGCUGAAAAAAAUUCUAGUCCUUAAAUUAGAUGGUGUUAAACUAAAAGACAAAACAUUGCAAAAUUUAGUAAAUGCACCAGAUGACCCUCACAACUUUAAAGUCAUUCAAUAUCUUGAAAAAAAGCUGAAGAAGUGUGUAGCCUGGAAAACUAUCAAGGUGGUUGUACUAGGAUGUAAACAUGAUGAAGAUCAUUGUACCUUUAGAAGUCUGGCGAAAAUCAAUGAAAAACUGGGAGCAGGAAAUAAUUUUGUAGACAAGAUAAGAGAAUGUGUCUUGCCCAUUGCACAAGAAAAAGAGAGUUUAAGUGUCACACACUGGAAAAUCAAGAAAAACUGCUGGACUGUCUGGCCAGUGUUUGAAAAGCUGCAACAUCCUUCCAUAUCAUUUGAAGUUUGGGAAUUCCCAGAUACAAAAAUAACUUCAACUAUACUACCAUGUUUCCUUACACUAAACUCUUUAUAUGUCAUCAUGCAUUAUGUCAGCUCAAAUGACAAGAAUUGUAAAAUAAUAUCAGAAAGGAUUUCAUCUAUUCAGGCAUGUGUUCACUCACCACAAAUUAUUGUUAUUUGCAUUUAUGCACAAGAGAAAGAUUUUACAAGAUUAGACAAAAAUUUCAAAAAGGAAGUUGAAAAAGAAAACAUACAAGCAAGGUUUAUCUCAGUUUUUCUGGACAGUGAUUUUAGCUCUGAUUUCUUUCUUAAAGAAAUUCUGGCAACUUGUGAAAAAAUGAAUGAUAAUACUUUGGACUAUGACUUUCCUUUAAUAAAAAGAAAAAUACCAUCAGUGUUUAAAAAAGUUGCAGAAAAUACAAAAAGUCUGAAAAAAUGUACAAAUAUCUGCUUAUUGGAGCAAUUCUGUAAUUACACAGACUGUACAAAAAAAGAUUUAGAAGAUGGAGUUGAUCAAAAUCUAACAAUGCAUGAAUUUUUACUGCAAUCUGGAGCAAUUCUCCAUUACAACUACUACAGUGAGGAGUUGUCUGCUUGUGUUGUCACAAAUCCAGUUUGGCUUUUUGACAUUCUUAGUCAUUUUUUAAAGACCCUCUCAGAAAGAAGGUAUCCUAAGGCACAUGUGAGCAUCUGUGAAGUGAAGGAGGUCAUAGAGGACAGGUUACCAGAAGAAUAUUUUACUGCUUUCCUUUUACUUUUGGAGGCAUUUAACAUAGGCAUAAGGACUACAGACAACGAAGGAAAUAAAAUAUUAUUAGUUCCAUCAAUGUUGUCCCCAAACCCACCUCAGCUACAACUUUCUCCUCACCAUGACGGAUACAGAGCUUCACGCCUGUACCCUCUGCCUGCUAUACCAUCUGCUUUGUGGAGCCACAUCAUUUCACAGCUGAUUCCAGCUUUUGAGAGGUUCUCAAGCCCUGAGUGGAACCUUGAUGACAGACAUUACGUGGAGCGCGAAAAUAGAAAUAGGUCAUUUAUUAUCAACAGCAGAAUUAGUAAUUUUAGAGGGCUUCAUAUAAUGCAUCCAAACAUUCAGUAUUGGAGAACAGGCCUCAUAGUCAGCCAUGAUGAAGGCUAUGUAGUUGUAGAAGAAGUGAAGUGCUCUUCUCAAAGAAGUGAAAUUGAUGGAAAAGUUGGAAUACUAGUAACAGUUCAAACAAAUGGAUGUAAUGCUAGCAACAGUCACAUAAUUAACCUUAGAAAACUUGCAACUAUUGGCAUUGUAACAUAUGAACUUGAAGACAUUAUAGAACUCUUUUAUCCUAGAUUUCGUGAUACUACAGAAUCUUCAUUGUCUCCAUUAGCUUUAUGCCAACGCUGCUGCAAAACUCAACCUCUCUCUGGAAUUUUCAAGGCACCAGAUCCACAUUAUUCGUUUUCAUACUGUGCACAGUUGGUCCUUAGCCAUGAAAAUGUAACAUGCCAGAUGGGCCUGACAUCCCUUGAUACACUGGUACCUGAGCUGUAUUUCUGUGAACUCCCCCCAGAACAUCACAUCCAGUUUGAUGAUUUGAAGCUGCUGGAUAAGAAGCUAGGAGAAGGAAUAGCUGGAACUGUCCUCAGUGCUAAAUAUAGAGAUAAAGAAGUUGCAGUGAAAGUGUUUCAUAUCCCUUCCAUUAACCCUGACUCUCAUUAUGUGGCUGAUGAGGUCUAUAGAAAUAUUGGUAAAUUAAAUGAAAGCAGAAUGUGGGCUACAGAUGAACUGGUACAGCUUGAGCAAAGUAAUGUCUGUAGUGCAUUCUUGCACCUGCGCAGGGAAGUGAGUGUUCUGAGUAAACUCAAUUACAAAUGUAUUGUAGCUUUCAUUGGUGUUUGCAUAAAACCACAACUACUCAUGGUAAUGGAGCUGGCUCCUCUAGGAAGUCUGCGGCUUCAGCUAGGAGAAGGGUUUACGCCUGAUUCUUCAAACAAAACUAUCUCCAAGACUGUUUUUACUAAGGAUCUAACGUACAAAAUUCUGUUGCAGGUUGUUUGUGGGCUGUCCUACUUGCACAAAAACCACAUCAUCUACCGCGACCUGAAGCCUGACAACAUCCUGGUCAUGUCACUGGAUGUGGAUGCACCAAUCAAUGUCAAGCUCUCGGAUUAUGGCAUCUCCAAGUUUUCAACACUCCGAGGUAUCAGUGGCCUGUUUGGUACUGUUGAGUACAUGGCGCCUGAAGUCAUGUCCAAACAGCCCUACUCUUCUAAGGUGGACAUUUACUCUUAUGGGAUUGUAACGCUGGAGAUUCUGACAGGUAUUUCCCCAAUGAUGGUGGAGAAUCAGUGUAUGAUGUUGUUGAAAGACAAAGUCCAGGAUGAUGAUAGCCCAUCACAGAUUAAAGGGUACAAGAUAAAGUGCCAUUUCCCUUGUGUUGAGGAUCUGAUGAAGUACUGCUGGAGAUUCAAGAUGGAGGACAGACCAUGUGCAGACGACAUAAUCAAACACAUGAAGUCUGACCAGUUUUUGCUGUUGCAUGACACUGUGUCAGUUGAGAUGAAGAGUGAGAUAGAGAUCACCUGCGUAUACACAUGUCAAACCAAUGGGUCAUGGAACAUCUGGAUCUCAGAGAGCGGACCAGUCAAAGACAGAUAUUUCAGCGUUUAUAAUGUGGAAUCUGCCUGUUUUGUAGCUGAAAGAGAAAAGAUGCCAGGCAAUACAGUAAUUUCAAUGGCCAAAGUUGGUUCAAACAUUUGGCUUGCGUGCCAGGACCAAAAAGUAUUGCAAUAUUUAAAAAGAGGAAGAACAAGUAAAUUCGAAAUUUCUGAUGAAAAGAUUUUGGCAGGUCAACCUAGAAUAAUUAAAACCCACUAUUUUGAUCAUCAAAAGGAGAGUGAAUGUCUUGCAAUGAUUGGUUUUGAAAAUGGCAUGGUGUCAACAUACUACUUCAAAAACCCACACACCAGUUCAUACACAAUCAGCACAGAUUUCAGAUUUGACAACACACCAAUAUAUGACAUUUGCUCAGCCACAUCACAUCUGAUUGCUGUGGCUUGUGACAUGAAGAUCUACUUCCUGCUAGCCACCCCCGAGGAAGUGCAUGAAAGAGGCACCAUUAUGCCACAGUUAACCAACGACGGCUCUUUGAGUAUAAACACAACAAUGGCUCUAGGUUGUAACAUGCCUGUUAUGUCAAUGACAACAGACAAUACGUACUUGUGGUGUUGCUUGGAAUUCGCCUCGUGUGUUAUAAAAAUUGAUAUCAAGCUUCGUGAAAUUGUGUUGGUGUUUUCAUUGAGCUGGGACUCCACAAGGGAUAGUGCCAGACUUGAACAAGAGCAAGUUGAAAGACCCAACAAUAUCAGGCAGACAACUUCAGAUAGUGGCGCAACAUCCCACACUACUGACAGACGUCAGACCUCAGAUAGUGGCGCAACAUCCCACACCUUUGAGAGACGUCAGACUUCAGAUAGUGGCACAACAUCUCACACCUUUGAGAGACGUCAGACUUCAGAUGGUGGAACUCUUUAUGAAAACAAUGAUGAAGUGUUUCAAAGUGAAGAUGCCACUUCUAGUCCUCUUCUGCCUUUAAGACACUUCCCUAGCAUGCCUUUGCUAGCCAACCCACCUGCGGUUCCAAGAAAUCCUUCCCACCAGGAGGAACUUCUGUUCCCUACAAGUCUGAUUGUAUCAUCUGAUGUUUUAGUGCUAGGUACAAACUGUGGGGGGCUCCUUCUCCUACCUCUAGACUACACCCAACUCUCACUAGACAAUCAGCUGAUAUCUCUACAGAUUCCAGUUCUUCGACAUCCCCACAAAGGUGACAGACACUGGAAGAAAGCUAAAGGUCUUUCAGAGGUCAGCUGUAGUUCAACUAGGGGAUCCAUCUCCUCAUUGUUUCUGGCCAAUGAAAAACUUGUAUCAGUACAUUCAAACUCAGAGAAUGUAUGUCUGAGACCAAAGAAGCAACGCAGGACAAAAAGUGAGGACAGGCACAGAAAUGCUGUGUUUAUUGGCAAUUUGUUGCCUGACACCCAACACCAGCAAACUGAUGCACAACCAGCUGGUGUCCACCAUGUAACUAUGCCAGGACCUGAAGGUGGCAGACAGAAUAGGUCUACUACAGGAAGUGUUGCUGAUAUUGCAUUAUGGGAUAAGAUCUCAAGUGAUAGGUUAAAGUGUGUGAGAAAAUUUCAUCAAGAUUUCCCUUAGCCUAUACCUACUUGCUACUCAUCUUAAUGUGUACAGAAGACACACAGUGUUAGCUAUUGCUUGUUUUUUUUUUGCUUGAUGUACAACAGAAAUAAAAUAUGUCAACUAUA